CUUCCUGAUCUGACCUAGUCUAACAUUGUACGACAUUUGAACUUGAUGGACCCUAACACCACGUGAACCUAACAAAUGAUGAGCCCUAAAUAUCAACCAGCUAAAUUAAGAUCUCCAUAGACACAUAAAAUGCCGUUCUUUACGAAAAAGAAGAAUAAGAAAGUCUCCGAAAGCGAUGCUGAAGGAGCCAUGAGCAUCGGCACCCCUUUCAACGUUGUCCGCAACUACCAUGUCAACUUUGACAGCUCAAACGGAGAGUUUGUGGGUCUACCGCCUGCAUGGGCACAGUUGCUGAAGGACUCAAACCUGACUGCUAAGGAACAGCGGGACAAUCCUGAAGCUGUCAUCAACUCCUUAAAGACAUACCAGAACUCUGUCAAGCGAAAACCAUCAAAUGCCAAGUUCAUGAUGGUUGCUACGACGAUACGAGAGUCUGAUGAACCAUUAGAAGGGGCUGAAGAUGAGGAAAGGAGUCAGAAGGAAGACUCAAAUGGCCAGGACGUUAUAUUUGACAGUCCAAAGCAUGAAGAAAAAAACGCUACCAAGAACGAGCAGAUAAAACAUGAUGCCAGUGCUGGGGACCAAUCAGUGGAAAAGUUGGCAGUUGGCGUUGCUGACACAACCGUGGAUGAUGAUGAGGUUCUCACAAGACGACCAAAGUCAAAACAGAAAGUGGAGGCAAAGACAGAUGAAGAAAUAAAUGAUGAAUUGCGGAAGAUUGCCAGUGCAGGGGACCCACAGCAGAAGUUUGAGAUCAAGAAAAAGUUAGGAUCAGGUGCAUCUGGGACGGUGUGUCUCGCCCGAGAGAAGGCCAAUGAGGAUGUUGUCGUGGCGAUUAAAAUGAUGGACUUGAAUAACCAACCCAAGAAGGAGCUCAUUGUUACUGAGAUCGAAGUCAUGAAAACAUAUCGCCAUGACAACAUUGUAAACUUCCUGGACUGUUACAUGCUAGAUACUGAACUUUGGGUGAUCAUGGAGUACCUGGACGGUGGCGCCUUGACUGAUGUUGUCACAGAAACCAUCAUGAAAGAGGGCCAGAUUGCAGCUGUAUGUCGCGAGUGCCUCGUUGGGCUUAAGUUUCUUCAUGAGAGGAAUAUUAUUCACAGGGAUAUUAAGAGUGAUAAUGUACUGCUUGGAAUGACUGGUGCUGUCAAGCUGACUGACUUCGGUUUCUGUGCUCAACUUAGUGGAGAGAAGAGUAAGCGUGACACUAUGGUGGGAACGCCGUAUUGGAUGGCGCCAGAAGUUGUCUCCAGGAAGCAGUAUGGCAACAAGGUGGACAUCUGGAGUAUGGGUAUCAUGAUCAUUGAGAUGCUGGAGGGGGAGCCACCGUACCUCAAUGAAACUCCGCUGAAAGCCAUCUUCAGGAUUGCCACCAUCGGCAAACCAGAGAUAAAAAAUGAAGGCAAACUGUCCGAGGAGCUGCGUUCCUUCCUGCACGCCUGUCUGGAGGUGGAUGUCGAGAAGAGGGCAAAUGCCUCAGACCUGCUCGAACACGCUUUCCUGAAGAAAGCCAUGCCGCUCACUACACUAAAACCACUAAUCAUUGCAGCCAGGCAGUCGACAGGUCAUUGAGUUGAUUGAUUCUCAUUGGUCAGUGUAUAUAUCUUCAUGGGCUUGAGCAUAGGAUGAAUUUUGCAGCCGCAAGUUGCGAUAUUUGCUUCAUCACUAACGGUGUGAUGACGUGACACAUCUCAUGUACAUAUUGUCAUCACGUUUUGAAGUGACCAUACCAUUAUUUAGAGACAGCUGACACUAUUGCACAUCGUUCACUCUUCAAUAUGCAUCACUAUCCUCACAAAAUUGUGUCCCUUAAUCUUCAUUUUUAGUUCAUGCUUGGAAAAUGUCUUAACACUAAACUGAAAUGGUAAUUUACGUGGCACUCUAGCAAAAACCUAAAACGAACAGGUGUAAGGGCCAUCCCUCCUAUUAGUGUCUGUGGAUAGAGCACUCACAGCCUUGUUCCAUGGCUUGUUCUUUGGUGCUUUGACUGUCAUUACCAUGGUAACUCCUAUACUUCAAUAAACACAAUAUCUGUAGGAUAAACAUAUCGGGUUUUUUUACCUUUGUCAAUAAGUCAGGCUGAGCAUCCCUGAGAAUUUUGAGAUGUUUCAAUCAUGGCUUUAUCUAAGGACCCCAAUGUGAUGUCAUCCAGAGAGUUAAUGUUCAUGUAGACUAUACUUGAGAACUGAGAUCACAGAUUACCAAGACUAGUUCAGAAGGUUAUAAAUACAAAACUUGUACAAUAGGUUAUGAAUACAAGACCUGUUCAAUAGGUUAUAGAUACAAGACUUAUUCAUUAGGUUAUGGAUACAAGACUCAUACAAUAGGUUAUGAAUACAAGACUCGUACAAUAGGUUAUGAAUACGAGACUCGUACCAUAGGUAAUGAAUACAAGACCUGUUCAAUAAGUUAUAAAUACAAGACUCGUACAAUAGGUUAUGAAUACAAGACCUGUUCAAUAGGUUAUAAAUACAAGACUCGUACAAUAGGUUAUGAAUACAAGUCUUUUAUAGACUUAUUGCAAUAUUCAAUAUGCUCUGUGGUGUAUAAAUAUAACCAAGGUUAUAGUUGUCUGGGAGGCAUCAAUGUCUCAGUGGUUUAGGGUGCUCUUUGAGUUGUGUCUGCUGGGAUCUGCUGGUCAUGGGUUCGAAUCUCAGAUUCACACCAGUUAUUAUCAUUGAUCCGUGCUUGUGUCACGGUGUGACGCAGAGGGAAGUUUAAUAAACUGUCAAGCCACACGUGGUCCUGGAGUUGGGGUGUGGAGGAAGUGAACACCUGGACUCCUUAUGUCCCCAAGGCUUAGGGAUAUGCUUCAACUCUGUGCCGUUUGUUAACAUUCAGACAGAACAACAUCAAUAGACAGAACUAGGCAUGUUACCUCCAGUUCAAUAGGGUUAAGAAUUAAGUAGAUUGACAGAAUAACAUCAGUGGCCAGUGACAGGCAACAGGUCAUGAAUUAAGUAGAUGUUGGGCAUCUUUCACUCACUUUUUAUUAUGCUUAAGAGAUUUUAAGAGAUGUUGCAACAAAAUUACCCUGUGAAAACUAAUUUCAUUACUUAAAAACUUAAACUUUUUGUAAAAAUACGGACACCCUUUUGUUGUUAAACGUCUUGAUAUUGUUGAGUGACGUUCAGGAGACUUGGAGAGUUAAAAGUUUGGGUAACAUGUUUCUGUAAACAAAUGGAAAAAAAUGUGUAAGGAUCACAAUAAGGGUCAAGCCAUUUAUUAUAGGGAGUGUGGUGCAGGGGGUGCUUAGAUUGAUCUUUGAAGUGUCCUUAUUUGCUGCCCCCCC